AUGGGAGAUCACGGUGAUUAUGAGCCUGUCUUCGAGAGCCUAAUCACGGCUCUCGCGAGCCUUGACCCCCUCCCGAUGGAAUACUUCGCAUAUCGCUUGCACAACAAGGCAAAACUUCAUCCUUUUCUGUUGGGAUUGGAAAGAUACGUUAGUGGGAAUCCAAACUAUCCACCUGACCCUCCGAGUGAUAGUGACACACUCAUUAAUGGCUAUGCCGCUUGGAAAGAGCUCACGGCGUUAGCUAUAGCAUCGAUGGGCGAUGCUAUCAUUGGAGUCAGUGAUAGCAAAGACAAGGAAGGCCUCAAGAGCAACAUCAGUAAGACCAAUGCUGAAUCGCGGUAUCUGGACGUAAUGACCUCUCUUCUCGGGUUCUGCUUGGGUGAACAUAUCAACAACAAGAUGCAGGAAAUGGGUCUGCGAAGCCUCCGAACUCUGGCUGACCUGCCCGGCUUCCUGGAGUAUUACAAGGACAUGAUACAAAGUGAAAGAUUCAUCCGAAAUAGGGUCCGCAUCGACGGUCUCAAGGGGAAUCACCUGUUCAGUAUAUGUCUUCUAUUUAUCGUGGACAACCUGCGGGAUCCAGAUCUAUCUAUCCCGGGACUGGAUCCGAAUUUUCAACGCACUCUCGCAUGCGAGACGCUCAAUAUCUGGUCACAUACUAUAUGGGCUCAUCGAGCAGAGGACAAUCCAGAGCUAAGCACGGAAGAUGUCCUCACGUUUUGCGGUCGUCAUGCCACCCUGGGACUCUGCCCACCCACCGAGUCCGGACUUCUGCAGCCUACCCCCACUUUCAAUGUUCUCAAAGAGUUUUACGAGAAUGUGGCAGACUCGACAGUUUUUGACGAUGCCGAAUAUACCUCGGCAGUACAAUCCGGUCUAUCCAGGAUUGAUGAUAGCGAAGACAUUAUCAAUGAGUGGCAGUCCUACUGCCAGGUGCUGUCCUCCACGUAUGUUGCUAAUGCCAAAGGUUACUGGCAGAGCGGAGCGGACGCUGCAUUCUCGGCAAUGGAUUGGAAUACUGUCAAAGGCUGGAUGGCUAAUUGCUACGGUUGGGAGCGUGAUACCGGCCUAUACUUCACUCGACCCGACAUCACUGUCAUCACGAAUGACCCCUUAACCGCUCGAGGAUCGGGCGCAGUAUUCUUGCCGGGAACACAUAUCCAACUCCCCAAUGGAACUUCUUGUCCAAUUGAGCAGCUCAAGGCAGGGGACCAUGUUCUCACUACCAAGAAUCCGCCUAUUUCGGUGGCCUUGGAAAAACCUCCAAUCCGGCGCCAGUGCCACGCCAGAUGGAUUGCUUUCAAUGGUGGAAAGCCAUUCACCACGACUUCGCAAGUCUUUUCCACCACCACGGGGCUCCGCGCCGUUGAUCCGGAUGAAGCGCAGACGCAGAACCCUUUCCAAAAAGUGGAACCACUGGCGGUUGGGCAUCUGCUGUACUACAUGCAGGGCGACAGAUGCACGACUUUCGAGAUCAAAUCAAUCGAGGAGAGCAAUGACCCAACAAUGCAGACAGCUUACAGUGUUCCUCUUAAUGAGGCUCAUCCGACGCACUAUGCGGGUGGUUACCAGGUGGCCUUGAACCGCCCCGAGCACACUCUUGGAGCGGUGGCGGAGGCUUUGCGAGCUGUUCCUGGUAGCAAGCGGCUAUCCUUACUAGCGAUGAUCGAAGAGGCCCAGGCCCUGCUUCUCAAGUACGACGCGCGGGUGAUCCAUAGUCGACUGAACUGGGAAUUGUUCGGCCAGUAUGAGUCGCCAGACGGGGAGCAGCCUCCUGCGACGCAUAAAACCCAAAACAUAUCGCCAGGUGAUUUGCGCAAGGUAGUGAUCCAACGGUCGAAAUCCCGAGCUGGUAGAGGUGUCCCCUUGCACUCCGGGCGUGUUCGAACUUUCUCCUUGAGUCAUUGCCGCGAAUCCUACGUGCCAGCUGGAUACGUGCUCCCAGCGCUGGCCAUUGUAGAUGGCUAUCUCGUGGUGAAUGACGAAGUGCAACUGAAGUCUACGUAUGAAUCGCAGCGUAGAGUGUUUCGAUGGACUCGCGAACUACCACAACAGAAAUUGUUUGAGCAUGGGGCGGUUCGAGUGGAUUCCAGAGGCACUGGUGGAAAUGGGGUCAUCUAUCUUUCCAACGAUUCAGAGUCUACACAAACUCAAAACGGCGAUCAGAUCUAUCCGUUUCGCGCACGGCUUGGGCGCUGGACUUAUGAUGGGGAUAGUGAUGAUGAUGAUGAUGAUGAUGGGACAUUCGAGAUAGGGAGAUGGAAUGUUCAGUAUGACCGCAGUGUCUGGGAGGAAGAUACCGAAAAAACUCAACCUGACGACCCAAUCGAUGGAGGACAGUUAGUUGAUGUCCAAGCCCCUUACAAUGUCAUUCAGGUCCAGAUUCCUGUUCUCGACCAGCUGCAGACCCAGAUAAACAGCAAGUUCAGACAAAAUCUCGGUAAUUUCUACACAACGAGUUGUUAUAUAGACAAGUCCGGCCGUGAGAAAGUCUGCAUCCGGCUUGACAAGUCCGCCCUGAUGCCGUUCAUUUCUGACUCGGGAAUGGAUGUGGAGACCCUCGAAGUGAGCUUCAAGGAUGCCAUUGGUGUUGACCUUACGCUUCCCGUUCUGUUCCAGGAGAUGACUCUAUCUUAUAAUCCACUGUAUACCAAAUUGACGGGGGCAUGGUAUGAGUAUGACCCGACCAAGCGCGGGAUGAAAGGCAAUCGGCAUCUUGUCGUGGGCACGCCAGGAGAUGACGCAAAAAGCUCCUACGAAGCUCGUCUUCGCUCCAAGGUUUCCCAUGCAUAUGCUACGGAUUUGAACCCGGCCGAACGGCUUCCAGCCAGAGUCACGGAAGACCUGCUGCGCGAUAUCGAGCCGGAUAUUGAUGCCCUCGUCGAAUUUUCCGUUUAUGACGAGAAAGAUGUUCAUAAUACUUCUCAAUCGCUUAUUCAUGACAUGAUGCUUUUCCACAUGAACCCCGACGACCGCGACCAAUUUAUGGACGUAAGCAAGCCCGAUCUUCCAUCAGAACUGGGCAGCAGUUUGCCCCAGAAUCUCAAAGACUUCUUCCGUAACAAGUAUGGACCGGCUUUUAUCUGUCGGUCGAUUGGCCGUACGGCCAAAUAUGUUUCGAGCUUUACGGAAAAGGAGAAGAGACAGCUCUGGUAUUGGUGGGAAGGUAACAGCAAGAACUCAUUGGCUCAGUCCCAAGAGUACAACGAUCUUAACGGAAUCGCUUCUCGGGCGGCCAUGCACCAGCUUUACGACAAGGCCUUUCUAAACACCUACAUUGAUAGCAGCCAGGGCGCCGAGGGAUGGGCCAAUGAUCUUUUCAAAGCAAUCAGCAGUAAGAGAGUGAUAAGGGCUUAUGCAGCGCAUCCGAUAGCGGACAACGGCAACAACCUGGUCAAUAAGCAAUGCUGUCUUCUCGACGCUCUAGAUACCAGCAAAAGCUUCGCCGACUGUUGGUUCAAGGAAUUUGUCGGGUACGUUGCUAGUGAUCCGACCUUGAAUUAUCCGUACAUCGACGAAGACAAGGACCUAGCCGGGCAAUGGAUUGCAGAUGCUAUGGAACAGCUGAUCCUUCAGGUGUUGGAUAACAACUCCCAAAUCAAUCAACAAGUGCGAGAAGCACUGCAGGAGCAGAUCAAUGAGUUUGAAAAGGCCAAUAAUUUGGACCAGACCAAGACAAUUGAGGAAAGAACGGCCGCCAUAAUGGUUGUGUCAGGCACCCUCAUGACGCAAAUGGGCAACUGGAUCAGUGCAAUAGGCAUGGGAUUGAGCACUGCAUUUGGGGGAACCAAGCUUUUUCAAUGGGUAAGCGAGGGCUUUGAACAGGCCGCCAAAAAGGCUGCUUUUCAAAUAUUCCAGGCCGCAUAUACUCUUUUUGGCCUUGUGAAUGACUGGAGCAUCCUCUCCACGUCCCAGCGAAUUACAGUCAUUCUUCAAACUUUGCAGAUGGUUGUAAACGGUAUCAGCAACGCGAUGGAUGCGUGGAAGCAAUUCAUGAGCGGCAAUAGCCAAUCAGCGGACACGGCGAUUGCGUUGACCAAGCUGAAUGAGUCCGUAGGCGACUCAAUCACCAAAAAUAUUGAAGAACUAGCUGACACAGUUGAUGAAAUAUAUGGCGAAGAGGGAGCCGCCUGGGAGAAGCUAAGCGACCGGAUCACUGGCAAUGGAAUCCCAAGUUCGCAGGAAACAGUCGUGGAAGAUGAAAUCUGGGACGAAUCCCUCGACAAGCCAGCUGCUGACGUGCCUCCUGGUGGGGAGGAGCAAGCGGACAAGUUUUCUAUUUCGGGCAAAGCACUGAGGGUACUGAAUGUCAUCCUGGGAAUUGGGCUGGUGAUAGCUAUGACGUUCAGUUUGGCGCGCGACUGGGACAACUUGAGUACUCCCGGGAAGAUUAUCAAUACGUUGACAGUGGUCACACAAGCGCUGACCGUGCUAAUCGAUGUUUUCGAGACGGGAGUCGAGUUGGGCUUCUGGGUCACAACCGAGGUCCUGUCGGCUGCUUUGUCUGUUGUUGGUGCUGUGCUGGCUGUUGUCGGAGUCGUCUUAAUGUUCAUCAGUCUUUUGAUGAACUUGUUUAUGGGAGACCCCCCAGAAGACCCGAUUGAAAAGUACAUUGAAAAUACGGGCAAACCUCUCAUCGAUAGCUUCGAUUCGGCGCCAGAUCCAAAGUUGACCUAUACACUAUCCCCGCAACAAAUUCUGUCCAAGCAUCUGACUAGCAUCCGGGUCACAGCCACCAACAAUUCAGCAGACCAGGUGUCGUUCCCUUUUCUUACAAUCACUCUUCUUGGUGGUGGCGAUCUGGCCUGUUUGUUCAAACACGACAUAGACGCCGUGAUAGAACUCGUAUCAGACACGGAUGGCAGCAAAGAUCACGAGGGCCACACAUAUGUAACGCCAGCCUCAACAGUGGGAGCAACUCUCCCCACGCCUAGCAAAAUCGGCACCAAGUCCAUCUACUACCAGUAUGAUCUGCGUGUAGCGGGGCCGAAGAAUGAGGGUGAAAAUUCGCUGUCGGCCCUCGUGCUUGAUCCUGGUCAGAGCUUUUCCUCCGUGUGGACUGGAUACAUCAAUGAUCGAGGCAACGACAAUGAUAGUUCAUGGAGCUACAUUGAUAUUGUAGAGUCAACUACACUGGAUAAGACAAACAAGCAAAUUUCAAUCCUUAGGAUGUAA